AUGCACUUUUCGAUGGGAAUCUCCAAUGCCACAUCCGCACACGCUCAUCGUAUAACAGUGAUCGUGGCCCUUGAUCCCGAAUCCAGACAUGCAGGGUUCUGCGCGAUACCUACAAGACAGGCUACUGAAGAACAUGACCAGCCACAGGUACUCCUCAAUAAUGAUGCAGCUGACGAUGACUCUCCCACCCUGCCACCAAGCUCCUUGAGUUCCUCUUCAGACUUUCUCUCGAGCCAAUGGGUUGUUGAUCCUUCUGCUGAUAUUGCAGCCGCGAAAGCCUGUGUGAGUUAA